UCGGAUCUCAUGGACAUUUUUUAUUCAUCUUUUUCAGUUAACGUUGGGUGUAGUGGAUACCCGAUAAGCAACACAGUGAAUGGACACCCAUCUGCUGCAAUUCGCCCCACCAAAAGAGUCCGGGAUGCUGAACCAAACUAUAGCCAGCAAAAGCUUAAGAUAUCCUUGAAUAACAACUUUUGUCAGAAUGAAGUGGAUCAAGCUGGAAGCAUUUUGAAUCCAAAUACUGUAUCAACUGGACUCAGACUUUCUUAUGAGGAAAAAGAACGUAAUUCCUCAGUCACUUCUGCUCCUGAGAACAUGAAAGCAGCCCUUCCUGCUUUUCUUCCGAUAGACAGUGGUUUUAAAUGUGAGAUUGACAGGCAAAGAGAAGAAUUUGAUCGGUACAUAAAAGUGCAGGUAAUGUAAUUAUUUUUUUGAGAAAGCGUGAUGUAGUUAUUAACUUUAUCUGAAAUUUGGCAUGUUAAAUUUUUUAUUGAUCUGGAUUAAGUUACACAACUGUAUGAAAAAGGAAUACGUUUCUGUACUAUCCAUUCUUGAUAUCUAUGUCUACCUACUGAUAAAGGCUUUCGCAU